AUGGGGAAUAACAAGUUUUUCAACAUUCGUGUUGCAAAAUCUGUGGCAACCUUUGUCAUGAUGAUGAUGACGGUGCCCAAAAUUGUGAGCGCCCAAAGCGAUGUUCCGGUAGCUGACAUAGUCACACCAGAAUUCUUCAAUGGUAUAAUUGAUGAGGCAGAUGCUAGUUGUGCAGGGAAGAACUUCUACUCACGAGAUGCUUUCCUCAAUGCUCUCAAUUCCUACAAUCAAUUUGGUAGGCUUGAUACUGUGGAUGACUCUAAGCGUGAGCUUGCAGCUGCUUUUGCCCAUUUCACCCAUGAAACUGGACAUUUUUGCUACAUCGAAGAGAUUGAUGGUGCAUCAAAGGACUAUUGCGACGAAACCAACACCCAAUACCCAUGCGCCCCUAACAAAGGGUACUAUGGACGUGGACUUAUCCAACUAUCAUGGAACUUCAACUAUGGACCAGCAGGGCAGAGCAAUGGUUUCGAUGGAUUGAAUGCUCCAGAGACAGUGGCCAAUGACCCUGUGGUGUCUUUCAAGACAGCAUUAUGGUACUGGAUGGAAAAUGUGCGCCCUAUCAUAAACCAGGGAUUUGGCGCAACCAUAAGGGCUAUCAAUGGCCAACGUGAAUGUGAUGGUGCCAACCCUGAUACAGUUCAGGCUCGGGUGAAUUAUUACACACAAUACUGUUCACAACUCGGUGUUGCUCCUGGUGACAAUCUUACUUGCUAA